AUUAAUACAUACCGGGAAAAGAAAAGUCAAGUUGAGACUUUAAUUUUGAAGUGGUACAUCCGGUCGGAGGCCCGUCUGAUCUGUUGUCAUUUCCUCUUGCUUCACACUCUGCUGACCGUGUCGGGUUUGAUAAAAAAACAAAAAUCAUCAACGUGUGCAAAUCCUGGUGAAUUAGUUGACAGAACCAGCAGUGUGUGUUUGUGUGGUCAUGCUGCAGGACUCAAACACACAGCGUCCCUCCAUCAGCGACUGACAGACGCGCUCAGAUCAUCUGAAGCGGUCAUAAAUUUUCAGGUAGGAAGUGCGUAGAGGGACGUCACUGAGGAGUGAUGCCUGUUGAAAGUGGAAACAGCGCAGCCGCCCGUCAAGUCAAACAGAAGCGCAAGUCGCACAGUCUCUCCAUUAGGAGGACCAACAGCACCGAGCAGGACAGGCCAGGCAUGCAGAGAGACAUGCUGGAGGGACAGGACUCCAAGUUGCCGAUGGCCUUAAGGAGUAACUUACUGGACCUGUUUGGACAGAUUGAACGGGAGUUUGAAAAUCUCUACAUUGAAAACUUAGAAUUGCGGAGAGAGAUUGAAUCUCUAAACGAACGUUUGGCUGGAGAAGGACAGACUGUUGAUGGCGGCGAUCUGAGCAAAGGAGCCCUGAAAACAAAAGCAAGUCACAGCACAAGUCAACUUUCCCAAAAGCUGAAGACGACAUACAAGGCCUCCACUAGCAAGAUUGUGUCCAGUUUCAAAGCCACCACGUCUCGUGCAGUGUGUCAGCUGGUCAAGGAGUACGUGGGACACCGGGAUGGGAUAUGGGACCUGGCUGUGACUCGGGUUCAGCCGCUGGUUUUAGGCACAGCUUCAGCCGAUCACUGUUGCAUGCUGUGGAGUAUUGAGACUGGGAAGUGCCUGCUAAAAUAUGCCGGCCACGCUGGAUCAGUCAACUCCAUUAAGUUCCACCCCACAGAGCAGAUGGCACUUACAGCGUCCGGGGACCAGACGGCACACAUCUGGCGUUACAUGGUACAGCUGCCGCUUCCCCAGCCCCCAGCAGACAUCAGUGAUGAUAUUUUUAGCAUUGAGGUGUUAAAGAGUGAUUGGAGCAUGUUUGAGCGAGGUUUUGUUGACGAGCCGUUUGUUUCUUUCAGCACCGUGACGUCAGCUGUGUUCACCGUGGGAGACAACGUGGUGUCGGGAAGUGACGAUCGCACCGUCAAGGUGUGGGACUUGAAGAACAUGAGAUCUCCAAUUGCUACCAUCCGCACAGACUCAGCCGUUAAUAGGAUAAGUGUCUCAGCGAACCAAAGAAUCAUCGCUCUGCCACAUGACAACAGGCAGGUCAGGCUGUUCGACAUGAAUGGAGUCCGCCUGGCCCGUCUCCCACGGAGCAACAGACAGGGCCAUCGGCGCAUGGUGUGCUGCUCUGCCUGGAACGAGGAGAACCAAGCUUGCAAUCUGUUCACCUGCGGCUUCGACCGCCAGGCCAUCGGCUGGAACAUCAACAUCCCUGCCCUGCUCCAAGAGAAGUGACACACUUCACACGUACACAAGCUUUGCACGGCCCAUCCACGUAAUCACAACUGAACACGUUCGUCAGUGCCACACCUGCAGUAGAUUUUAAAGAACACUUUCACGUUGUGUGUGAUAAGACUCAGUUUUUCCUCCCAGUUGUCGUCUGUGGUCGCUAUCCCGCGGUCAUCAUCCCGUCACGCCUUCUGACAUGUGUGGAAAAUUUAGUUUCAUGGAUAUUCUGCAUAUCUAGCCAUGCGCUGUCUGCUCUGAGGUCAUAUAGUGUGGUGAACUUCCUCCCAGUCUUGUUACCCCGUUUUUACAUGUUUGCAUGAAAUUGCGACUCGUGAAUCCUGCGAGACCGGGACAUUGCCGAAACGUUCGCUCACGGCCUGCCGCUGUUACACUCAAGUAAGUUUUCACUUUAGUGGUAUUUUUGUUGUGCGAUGUUCUUUGUACAGAUGACUUUUGAUUUUACGAUAGCAUUUUAGAUUUUUUUUUCUUUCGUUCUGUAUAGAGUUCUGCUUUGCUUUUUAUAGAGAUGAGAUGUGCAAAAGAAACUUAAAGCACUCUGCCUUUGUGAACAGAAAUCGGCAAUCGCAUUUACGGAUCCGCACCUUCUUGAUGUUCUAAAUGCCAUUCAAGCGGCCAAUCAGCUUCUGUCAGUAUUGCCGUAGUCCAUUUGCAUGACAAACCCACCUCUCUUGUCAAAUAUGUGAAGCAAAAUGCUGUAUAAUUGCUGUGUAAUCUUGUUCACCAAAAAAAAAACGUAGUGACUGUUUAUGAAGCCCUACAUUUGAUGUUCACUUCCAUUUCAAGGGCUUUCAAGUCAUGUAGAAGUAAAUAUUUGAAUCAACGCAUCUGAAUUCAGAACAAGUUCGCGUGUUGCUCACUGCUGUAGAGUCGUUUGCGACAGCGAGUUUUCGAUAUUGUAAUAUUCGUCGAUAAUCAUCGGACCAAAUGUCAAUGCCUGGCUCAGUGUGGUCUGCUGAUGCUUGAAAGGCUUUCUGAUGUACUUUGGACUUCUUGUGAUGUGUGAACCACUGUGCAUAGCCGUAUCUACAGAAAGCUCGCUUGAAUGACUUGCGACAUUCGUCAAUAAUCCUUAAAUGGAAGCUCUUCCAUCAGUGUGUUACAAUUGGUAUCGUUACUGCAUUACUGGGCUUUCACCAGAACUACUUUGGACUGUGCUAGAAGUCUUGGUGGAAAGUGUCAGUUCUUUUCACGUAGACAGUCUGUUAAAUCUGUUAGGUCUAACAAAAAGAUGUUUAUUAUGCGAUGUUUAUAUAUUUGUGUGAGGUCCAUGUUUAAUGGACUGUAUUUGGCUUUAGAUGUGUACGCAAAGACGCAUAUAAAACGCUCCUCUUUUAUCCAGCUGCCUUCACAACAACGCAUAUGACCCAUCAGAACGUCCUUUAAAAAUGAGUCUGAUCUCCAACAUUUUAGUUGUCUUUAACUUGGUAGAAUGUUCUGUGGGGUAUUCUGUUUUGAGCCAUUUCACUUUUUUUAAUUUGAGAGCAACUUAAUUUUCUGUAUUGGAGAAACAUAUUGCAUCAUAUAAUAAUGUAGAGAUAUAGCAUCAAAAUCAUUCACUGCUGGG